AUGUUUGAAACAUAAUUUUCAAUUGAUCAACAAGAAUUGGAAACUCAAUAGUCAUUGCCUAUUCUCAAUUCCCUUGGGUCUUCUCCUAAUAUUUAAUUAAGAAUUGAUAGUUUAGAAAGUAUUUUACGAUUGAACAUUUAAGAUGAUGAAUCUUCAAUGAAUGAGUUAGGCUCUUAAUAUGGAAUUGAUUAAGGUAUCAAUGACUCCAUCGAGUUGUAUAAAUAAGCAUAAAGCCUCAAAGACGUAGUAAAUACAACCUAUCAUCCAUCUAUAUUAUUUGGAAAAAAACAUUAUUAAGCCUACUAAAGAUUAUGUUGGAAUGAAUUAAUGGGACUAAAUAAUAUUGAAGAACUUUCAGAAGAAUCGUUUGGAUAGAGCUAGGAAAUAAGAAAUUAUGUUCUUUCAACCUUAGCUCAAAUAUAAUCAACAUUAAUAAAUUAGGAUAAAGCGGAAAGAGAUCCAGCAGGGGAUCAUAUUUAAUUCAUUAUUUAAGAAUCUGAGGAUCUUAUUCUACAUGAAAUUUCUUUGUCAUCUGAAUCUAAUUCGGAUGCAGAAUUAGAUAAUGAAUAAAAAAAUGAUGUAGAACAAAAAAUACAAAAUUAUAAUUCAAAUUUCAACAUUUUGGAAAAAUUCACAGCUUAAUACAAAUCAUAAAGCCAAAUUGAUAAUUUCUGA